CCAUUUUUGGAUCUAAAUUCAAACCCCAAUCCCCUUCUUGCCUCACAACUUAGAUUUUUUGGGAAAAUGUUUACAAAAAUAUUUAUUUUUGUUUUAAUUUUUAUUUUAUCUCAAGAACAAUCCCGUGGUGCAUUACAUGGAAGUACAAAAAAGAUGGUUGAAACAGCCAACAAAAAUGGCCCUUAUUUAGGCUUGCUGAUUCCUAACAUGUUUGAAAUGAAUCCUCUACUCAAUAAUCCCCAUUACAAAUCCUCCAAGCUUGUUAUAGAUUAUGCAGGAAGGAGAUUCCGGUUUGGAAAGAUUUACAAGAAACCAGUGAUUCUGGUCAUGAAUGGGAUGGGACUGGUGAAUGCUGCAGUUGCGACACAACUUAUGUUGACCUUGUUUGAAAUAGAAGGUGUGAUACAUUAUGGAAUAGCAGGAAAUGCAAACCCGAAUUUGCAUAUCGGAGAUGUGACAAUUGCUGAGAAUUGGUCACAUUCUGCUCUUUGGAAUUGGCAGAGAUAUGGAGAUGGGCCUGAAAAUGCAUUGCCAUUUGAAGGGGAAGAUGGGUUUACAAGGGAAAUUGGGUACUUAAAGUUUGGAAGUUAUUCAGCAAAUGGUGAAGAUAACUUGUUAAACAAUGUGUGGUAUCAAGCAGAAGAAGUUUAUCCGGUUGAUGGUACUCCUGAGAAAACUCAACAAGCAUUUUGGAUCCCAGUUGACUCCGAUUACCUUUCUCUAUCCAAAACCCUUGAGAAAUUGAAGUUGGAGGAUUGCAUCAACACCACGACAUGUUUGUCCACGCCACCCAAGGUCACCACCGUUCAAAGGGGAACAAGUGCUAACAUUUAUCUGGACAACGCCGCCUACCGGAACUUUUUAUACACCAAAUUCAACAUUAGUCCGGUGGAAAUGGAAAGUGCUGGGGUGGCGCUCAUUUGCUAUCAACAAAGGGUGCCUUUUAUAACUUUCCGAGCUCUUUCUGACCUUGCCGGUGGUGGCUCAGCCACUUCAAACGAGGCUGACACUUUUUCAGUGCUCAGUGCCAAUAAUUCUGUCAUAGUCACGGUGGAAUUUAUAAAAUUAUUGACAGGCCGUUACAAUAGAAAAUUGUUGAAGACUUUUUGAUAAAAAAGAAAUCAUUGAUGACUUUGUGUUUUAAUUUUUUUCAAAAGAAUAAUAACGG